AUGUCAAACUAUUCACUUCAAUUCUCAUUCACUCAAGCUGGACUUGCUGCUCUUGCUUCAUCACAAGAAAAAGUAUGUGUUGUAAAAAGUGUUAAUGGAAAAGUAUCCAAUGUUGUAUGGGUCACAUUCAAACCAUUCUUGAAUAAUACUUUACAAUGGCAAGAGCUGUAUGGAUUAUACGCAAGUAACACUCAAAUCCAGAAUGGUGCUACCAUCAGUCGUAUCUCUACUCUCAAGUCUGUCAGCAAGACCCAUCAAUAUCCAUUCAACAAUGCCGGUUUCUUUGACCAAGCCAAUGGCACCUCUGUCAAGUCUUAUGGUCUUGUCAACAACUAUGGCGAGCCACUCACAUUUGGUCUCACCCAAACUGCCGUCAUCAAUGGAAAGGAGGUUGACAGUGAGCUAAAUGCCACCACUGUGCUCAACAAUCAAUCAGCCGAAUACACACCAAUUGUCACUCUUUCCGUCUAUGUAGCUGCAUCAUUCAACAAUGGUAGUGUCAUCUCUGACAUUAGUGGUCAAGCUCUCACUCUCACCUACACCUCUGAUACCAACAAAUCUGUCUUUUUCGAUGACAGCAGCAGUAUGUUUGUUGAAGGAAGUAUUCCUUUAAAUUAA